AGCCAGCUUGGCUCAAACAUCGAACUUUUGUGUUGACUUGUGCACGCGCGCAACCGUCUGGUCCUCUCGAACUCACGUUACUUCCUCUCGUCCAGUUUGCUCGGAUGGCGGCGUCUGGGAUGGUCUGGUCUCUCGUGCUUCUCGGGCUGCCAGGCGCGUCCUGCAUGCAGCUGGCGACGAGCAGCUGGCGCGAGCAUCUGGCCGCCAACACGACGUCCGCGCAGUCGAAGCGGGCGGAGUGCAGCGCGUGGCAGGUGGGUCAAGGCUGCUGCACGCCACUGGGAGACACCGCGUCUUCGUGGUCGUUCGCUUCGCAUGGCGCGCAUGGCACUUGGUCAAGCACCCCAGCGUUCAUCCGCUUCGACUUCCAGGACGAUACGAUCUGCGGUGGCGUGGCGAAUGCCAGGCAACACGGGGACGCAGUUCUCACUUUGAACGACGCUUCGCCCAUCGACCUGACCCUUUCGAUGACGGGCGUGGCGGAGGCCCAGUACGAGAGAUUCCAGCUGUACGUGGACGACGUCCUGCGCGUCACGGUGCAAGCUACAAACGGCCACGGAGGCAGCGCAUGCUAUGUCAGCACUUGCAUCAUGUGCGAUGUCAACAUGCCUUCGCAGACGUUCUCGCUUUCAGCGGGGCCGCACACAAUCAGAGUCGAGGUUGAUUCUGUCGACGGUCUGUACCACAAUGACGCCUUCUUCCAGAUCUCCUUCGGCAAAAGCAGCCCGACGUGCGGCGGGUGCACUUUCUUCGGCGUCGACGAUGUCUCCGACCCCGUAUCGCGCAACGCCCUACCCGACGCCCAACCCGACGGCCUACCCGACGCCCUAUCCGACGCCAUACCCCACGCCCAACCCGACGCCCUUCCCGACGCCGCCUUUCCCGACGCCCUACCCCACGCCCUACCCCACGCCCUACCCGACGCCUUUCCCGACGCUCUACCCGACGCCCUUCCCGACGCCCUUCCCGUCGCCUUUCCCGACG